CCUCCAUGGACCCUGUGGAUGAGACCACCCCGUAGCCAUGCCAGCAGGCUGCUGCAGGCUCUGCCCCAAGGUCUCCCCCCACGCAGCUGGGGUCCCUGAGGACACUGGUACCAGCAUCCCCUCGGUCAUGGCCACCAUCCUCCGUGCCCUGCUGGGCCCCACAGUGGGGCAGCUCUUCCUCAACAGCAUGGAGCGGAUGCUGGAUACAUCCUGGCAGUGGCUGAACCGUUACCUGCCCCUGGGCGAGAGGCAGUGGACGGGGCUGCAGAGGAGCCAGAUUUGGCCUCACCUCUUGAGCACAGCAGCCUCCUUCCCCUCGGCUCCCUCUCUGGCAACGCCAGGCGCUGAGCCAUGGCCCUGGUGCAGCAGCUCUGGCAGAAGUGGCUGGACACACCCCCACCUCCAGCACAUCCUCAAUGUGAUGAAGACUGUGCAGCAAGGCUUGGAAGAGCUGCUCUGCAACAGCCAGGCAAUGUGGGCUCACAGGAACCAAGCGCAGGCAGCCCCCUGCCCACACUCUGCCUGUCCCAGCACCCAGGUGAGGCCGGUGGAGGGGUGCAGGACCCCCAUGCUGCCAGCGGGGCGGGUGCUGGCUGUGAGGCAGAUGCUGGCACAGCGGCUGCAGGACACCUUGGUGCCGCUGUGGGCUUGGGUCGCGCAGCUGCCAGCCCUGCUGCAGCAGGCAGCAUGGUGAGCCCAGCAUGGCAUGGCCGUGGUCCACAGCACCUUCAGCCGGGCCGGGGCCAUGCGGGAGCUGCUGGGGGCUGUGGUGGCCUGGGGACACGAGGUGGUAGCCCAGACCUGGGAGGCACUGCUGCUGUUCCUGCUCCUGCAUCCGCUGGUGCCAUGGCUGGAGGACAUCACUGAGGCUGCUGGCACAGAGGCACCACUCACCACCCUGCUGCACCCCCAAACCUAGGGGUGCCCCAAAUUCAGCCAGCUACAGCUGCUCCCCUGGGCAGUGCAAGGGUCUGAAACCUGGCUGUGUCCUCAGUGGCACCAACGUGACUCUGCUC